UGAGCCUCCAGCGCCACAGAUGGCGCUAAUGAAUCAUAUUUUUCCUGCGCAUCGACACCAGUAAAGAAGUAUUCACGUCAGCACAGGGAAAUAAAACGACUGUUUACUGUUCACAAUGAUGGAGGACGAAGAAUUAGAGUUUGUGGAAGAUUUGGAGGCCAUAUUACACCUUACUCCAGAAGUGCAGCUGGCCAUUGAGCAGGUUUUCCCCAGCCAGGACCCUUUGGAUCGAGCCGACUUCAAUGCUGUUGAAUACAUUAAUACCUUGUUUCCAACAGAACAGUCUUUGGCGAAUAUAGAUGAAGUGGUGAAUAACAUUCGACUUAAAAUCAGACGGUUGGAUGACAACAUCAGGACAGUGGUGAGGGGACAGACUAAUGUGGGGCAGGAUGGCAGACAGGCGUUGGAGGAGGCCCAGAAAGCCAUCCAGCAACUCUUUGGCAAAAUCAAAGACAUCAAAGACAAAGCAGAGAAAUCGGAGCAAAUGGUGAAAGAGAUCACACGGGAUAUCAAGCAGCUGGACCACGCAAAGCGUCACCUGACCACUUCUAUAACCACCCUCAAUCACCUGCACAUGCUGGCUGGCGGUGUGGACUCUCUUGAAGCUAUGACUCGAAAGAGGCAAUAUGGGGAGGUGGCCAAUCUCCUUCAGGGUGUAGUCAACGUGCUCGAGCACUUCCAGAAGUACAUGGGCAUCCCCCAGAUACGUCAGCUCUCAGAAAGAGUUAAAGCUGCACAGAGCGAGCUUGGCACGCAGAUACUGGCCGACUUCGAAGAGACUUUUCCUGCCCAGGGGUCAAAGAAAUCUGGAGGUCCUAGCAUUGUUCUCAGAGAUGCCUGCUUGGUGGCAAAUGUCCUGGAUCCUCGAAUUAAGCAGGAGAUCAUCAAAAAGUUCAUCAGGCAGCACCUUUCAGAAUACCUAGUGCUCUUCCAAGAAAACCAGGAUGUGGCGUGGCUCGACAAGAUAGACCGGCGCUAUGCGUGGAUCAAGCGUCAGCUUGUGGACUAUGAAGAAAAGUAUGGGCGAAUGUUUCCUGAGGAGUGGUGCAUGACCGAACGUAUCGCUGUAGAGUUCUGUCAUAUCACCAGAACCGAGCUGGCCAAGCUGAUGCGAACCCGUGCCAGGGAGAUCGAGGUCAAGCUUUUGCUCUUUGCUAUUCAGAGGACCACCAAUUUCGAAGGACUGCUGGCUAAGCGCUUCUCGGGCUGCACCUUAAACAACGGGCCUGGGAAAAAACCUGAGACCCCUCUAGAACCAACAAACCCCUUUUUGGAAGACGAGUCAGGAGAGGACAAUGUAUCAGAAAAGGAUGAAGAUUUGGAUAGACCAAAGAAGCCCAAGGCUCCAGACAACCCCUUCCAUGGCAUUGUGUCCAAGUGCUUUGAGCCUCAUCUCUAUGUUUACAUCGAGUCGCAGGAUAAAAAUCUUGGCGAGCUGAUCGACCGUUUUGUUGCUGAUUUCCGGGCACAGGGUCCCCCUAAAUCAGGUACAGAUGAGGGAGGUGCUGUGCUGCCCAGCUGUGCAGAUCUCUUCGUGUACUACAAGAAGUGUAUGGUCCAGUGCUCGCAGCUGAGCACUGGAGAACCCAUGAUUGCUUUGACCACCAUCUUCCAGAAGUAUCUACGCGAAUAUGCCUGGAAGAUCCUCUCUGGGAACCUACCAAAGACCAGCACCAAUAGUGGUGGUCUGACCAUCAGCAGCUUGCUGAAGGAGAAAGAGGGAUCAGAAGUGGCCAAGUUCACAAUGGAAGAGUUGUGUCUUAUUUGCAGCAUCUUAAGCACGGCUGAAUACUGCCUGGCUACCACACAGCAGCUGGAGGAGAAGCUCAAGGAGAAGGUGGACAAGUCCCUAAUGGAGAGAAUCAACUUAACUGGGGAGAUGGACACCUUUAGCACGGUUAUCUCAAACAGUAUCCAGCUCUUGGUUCAGGACCUGGAUGCUGCAUGUGAUCCAGCCCUCACAGCUAUGAGCAAGAUGCCGUGGCAGAGUGUGGAACAUGUGGGAGACCAAAGCCCGUAUGUGACCUCUGUAAUCAUGCACAUCAAACAAAAUGUGCCCAUCAUUAGAGAUAACUUGGCCUCCACCCGGAAAUACUUCACCCAGUUCUGCAUUAAGUUCACCAACUCCUUCAUUCCAAAGUUCAUCAACCACCUGUUCAGGUGUAAGCCAAUCAGCAUGGUUGGAGCAGAGCAGUUACUCUUGGACACACAUUCCCUCAAGACCGUUCUUCUAGACCUCCCUUCCAUUGGCUCUCAAGUGGUCCGUAAAGCCCCGGCCAGCUACACCAAAAUAGUGGUUAAAGGAAUGACUCGAGCGGAGAUGAUCCUCAAGGUGGUCAUGGCCCCUCACGAGCCGUCCGUGGUCUUUGUGGACAACUACAUCAAGCUCCUUGCUGACAGCAAUCCUGAGACGUUCCAAAAGAUUCUAGAUAUGAAGGGCCUGAAACGGAGUGAGCAGAGCACCAUGCUGGAGCUUUUCAGGCAGAGGUUGCCUAAUCCGCCAUCAGGACCAGACGGUGGCCCAUCAUUGUCCUUCAGUGCCCCCACCCCUGAACAAGAAUCUUCCCGUAUCCGCAAACUGGAAAAGCUCAUCAAAAAGAGGAUUCAGUAAAUCAGAAGGAACUUUAUUCCCAUCAAUCUAAUAAUGUAAGUGCUCUGUCUGGAUAUUCAGCAUGGCCUGGCAACAUCUCUCCACUCCAGUUUUAUCAUACUGGGAAUGGUGUAUAAAUAGUACUGCUAUGUCUUAUGUAUUUAUGUUCUCUUACAGAUCAUGGUUUAACUUUGAGGCUUUCAUGACUUGCAUUACUAUGAGCUUUAUGA